AUGGCUAAAUCACUACGUGCCAAGUCGCAUUUGAAAGCGAAAUCCAUAAAGCGUAAAAAUGUGUUUCAAGUAGACGCUGACGCGCGUGCAAGCCGCAUUGCAGACAAGAUGAAAGAAGAUCUGAUAAAACAGCGACUAGAGGAACUGAAACGUAAGAACGCAAGUUUGAAAACCGAUGAAGACGCUAAGAAAGCACUGGAGAUCGCCCAGAUGGAACAGGAAGGCCAGACAUCCAAGCCGGUCAGCACCUCCGGCUGGAGAGAUGCUAACCACCACCUCUACAAGCGCAACAAAAAACUGAACAAGAACCGCAAGAAGGGUUCCUUCACCAAAUUUUGA